AUGUCUGCGAUGAAUAUCCCAGCCACGACCAUGCCCGGAAAUCGCCGCUCGUCCGGCGAGACCCUGUCCGACAAGACUAAGAUCAAGAGCAAGCCUUGUGCUACGCAAGAUAGCUCACGACUGCUUAAGCUUCCUGCAGAACUGCGCGACAUGACAUACGGAUUCGUCAUGCAUCGUCCAGAUGGUAUCAAGUUCCUGAUCCAGAACAAACGUAACACUGAAGAUGUUGAAAAAAAUCCUGUGGAAGCUCGGCCAGUACAGAAUAUGGUUAUCCAGGGUGUUGCGCUGAAUCCCCUCAAACUCGUGUGCCGCCAGCUGUACAUUGAGACCUUGGGUCUAUUGUUGGAGAGCAGCAAUGUUCAUUUCAGAUGCAGACUUGGAACGAACUUAGAGAGCAGACGACGAACGUUAUCUCGUUUUAUCGACCAGUGUAAGACAUACAGGUUUGCGGCACUGAAUCAGGUUACCAUCGAUGUCUCCAAUUGCAAGCUUUUCACAGAUCCUUUCCCACCGAUAGAAUUUGUCAAAUCGCUACAACGCAUAAACAGCAAGAUUUGCGCUGAAACCCCACGCAUCACCGUACAUGUCCGUGAUCACUGGUGGGAUCAAUGUGAGGUGGUAAGAUAUGAAUGGAUCCAGUGGGCCUUUGUACUCCAAGAGGGUCUUCGGAACAAGUCUACUAUUGCAGUGCCAGACGCUGUGCGAGAAGACUCAUGGGUGUUGGGAGUACAAUUGUAUAUCAAACGUGCGUUCAAGCAUACAUCUAUCUCAGAGAACUGCCGACUCAUGUUUUCGAGUUACUUUCCGGAAGAUAACGUCCAUCGGGAGGCACAGGAUUGGUAUGGUGGCCAUUUCAACGAGAAAACUGCGACCAUCAUUGAGCAAGCACGUAAGGCUUUGGAGGACGGAAUCUGA